GUCCCUAAUUUCCCUCGCCGCGUGCCCUUUUUUUUCGCCUCUCAAAUCCCCCCAAACUCUCAACUCAAAAAUCUCUUCAUCCCUCCCUCACUUCAUUUCCUCUACAAAUCUCUCUCUCUCUCUCUCGCUCUCUCCGUAUGUGAGUGUUAGUGUGUGUUCGUGUGCGUGCGUGCGUGCGGAUCUGGGUUUUCUUUCUUUGUUCUGCUCUCUCUCAGCUCUGAUCCUCUACGAACUGUUUCACACUUCACGGUUUUCAUGGUUUUGGAGAUGGGUCCAAAAGAAUAAUUCAGCACGAGAACAUAAGGGAAAUCGAGGCUGUCAUCCUAUUCUUUGCAUGGUUGUCAGCCAGUGGCAAGGGUUGGUGUUUCAUCAAAGAUUGAGAAAUGACUUGCACAACAAAUGAGAGUGAAGAUGGGGUGCUCUUCAAGGAUCAGAGUGAGUCUCCUUUGAUUAAUGAAAGUAAUGGAGGAAGUCCGGGCACAGGGGCUGCCCUGAAAAAAGGGCCAUGGACAUCUGUUGAAGAUGCAAUUUUGGUGGACUAUGUCAAGAAGCAUGGGGAGGGGAACUGGAAUGCUGUUCAAAAGCACACUGGGUUGCUCCGAUGUGGCAAAAGCUGUCGAUUGCGGUGGGCAAAUCACCUAAGGCCAAACUUAAGGAAAGGCUCAUUUACAGCAGAAGAAGAACGGCUGAUCAUUGAACUCCAUGCCAAGAUGGGAAAUAAAUGGGCACGGAUGGCAGCACAUUUGCCUGGUCGUACAGAUAACGAGAUAAAGAACUACUGGAAUACCCGAAUUAAGAGGCGUCAACGAGCUGGCUUACCUCUUUAUCCUCCUGAAGUGUGUUUCCAAGCAUUGCAAGAGAGUCAACAUGACCAAAACACUGUCGGAGUAAAUGGUGGGGAUAGAGGGCAUCCUGAUCUUUUGCAGACUAACAGUUAUGAGAUACCCGAUGUCAUAUUUGACAGUUUGAAGGCCAAUCAGGGUUUCUUACCCUAUGUCCCUGAACUUCAUGAUAUCUCCGCGAGCAACAUGCUUUUGAAAGGCCUUGGUUCUCCUCAAUAUUGUACUCUGCCACCCAUGUUGCCGCGGCAGAAGCGUCUUCGAGAAUCAAUUGAGUUACUCCCGAGUCCCUGUGCUAAUAAUGUUGGAAAUGGGUUCUCCUUGUUUGAGCAGUUUCAGGAUGAUACUUGUGAUAAAGUUGCUCGGUCAUUUGGAUGGUCUUCUCCUCCUGAUCCUGAUCCUGCCACUAAGAACUUAGAGUCUUUUGGCGUAAUUCAGGGUAGCCAUUCCCUCUCAAAUGGCAAUUCCUCUACUUCUAAGCCCACAUAUGGGGCUUUGAAGUUGGAGCUCCCUUCACUCCAAUAUGCAGAAACUGAUUUAGGUAGCUGGGUCGCAUCUCCCCCAUGUUUACUUGAGUCAGUUGAAGCUUUUAUUCAGUCUCCUCCACCAGAUGGUGCAUUUGAGACUGAUUGUUCUUCACCACGUAAUAGUGGUUUGCUGGAUGCUUUACUUCACGAGGCAAAGACUUUGAGUGGUGCAAAGAAUCAUUCAUCUGACAAGAGUUCAAACUCAUCUAGUGGUACUCCUGGUGAUAUAGCAGACAGUUCUAAUUUGAACAUUUGCGAGACAGAAUGGGAAGAUUAUGGGGAUUCCAUUUCACCAUUUGGUCAUUCUGUAACUUUGCUUUUCAGUGAGUGCACUCCCAUCAGUGCUAGUGGAAGUUCGCUGGAUGAACAACCACCUAUGGAGACCUUUAAUGGGAUCAUUGUGAAAUCAGAACCAGUGGACUUAGCUUGGGCUCCAGAUAGAGAAAAAGAAACCAGAACUGGGUUGAAUUUUACACGGCCCGAUGCUUUACUUGCAGGAGACUGGUUUGAGCAGAGUUGUGGGUAUAUGAAGGACCAAAGCUUCAUGACUGAUGCUAUUGCAACAAUUCUUGGUGAUGAUUUGGCCACUGACUACAAGCACAUGGUCCCUGGAACUUCUACAUCAAGUGAAGGAUGCGGGCUUCGGCCGUGUGCAUGGAAUAACAUGCCCGCUGUCUGUCAAAUGUCUGAUCUUCCUUGAAACUGCUGUUGGAUUUAUGAACUUGAAACUUUUGUCUCCUCAUUCACGUUGAUGAUUUGUUUAAUAUGGUCAGUCAGGCUACUGAGAAAAUCUGUCUUUCGGGUAAAACUUCGGGAAAGAUGUGCAUCAGUUGUUGGCUUGCUUUGUUUGUGGCUUUGUAUUUCUCGUUUGUAAACAGUGCAAUGCAGGUAUGCCAAUAUGGAACUAUAUGAGGUAUACAAAUGCAUGCAGGCUUUUGCUACAAUUGUAAAAUAACUACGCAUUACAAGAUGUGGAACAUCGUGAAUUUGUGACCAAGAUGCAGGAUUCUUCCUUCCUGCAUCAGACCAGUUGUUUGUGGUUAUUUGAUUUGUGAACACCAAUUUGCUUGGGUUUUUAUUGUGUC